AUGGGCGAAUUAACAGCGGAAGAAGUGUCUUUAAUUCAGAAUAUGUGGCACGUUUUGGAUCGAAAUUUGUACGAUGUUGGCGAUGUGAUGCUUUUUAAGUUUUUUGAAAAGUAUCCAAAUUACAAGAAAAUGUUUCCAAAAUUCCGUGAUACGCCUUUGAAUGAUUUGAAGGGUUCACGAGCAUUUCGCAACCACGCUUACCAAAUAAUGGUUCAAUUCACGAAAAGUAUAAAUCUUCUCAACAAACCGGGCGGCAUUGAGGAAAUUCGUGCUCUUUGGAGGGCACAUGGAGAACUUCAUGCCAAUUUAAACGUCACAAAGCAACAAUUCAAUCUAAAUUUUAGGAAGUACGAGACGUUAUCAUCACUGUCAUCUUGGAAAUUUGUAACAUGACGGAGGUUGAAGAGAUGCGCAUUGCUUGGAACAAGUUAUUUGAUGCCGUUUAUGGAUUCUCGUUCGAAACGAUGUACAAGUAGAUGCCAUCCAGAUAACUUAAUUU